UUCGUAAUAGUAACAUCAACACUCGCGAACACUCGCCAGCAAGAUGUCGUCGGCUGAAUUGAAUCCAGCUCCCUUGCGAGUUUCUCCUUUCAUUAAGUUUUGUCGUUGGAGUCUGCUACUAACUGGAAUUGCUUAUGGUGCAUAUCAUCAAAGGAGGCUUAAAAAGAGAGAGGAUGCCCGCAGAGCAGAAGAGCUAAGACUUAAACCUAUGCGAGAUGCCAAGUUAGCCGAAGAAAAGAGACUUGCUCUGUUGGCGGAACAAAAAAUGUUUGACGAGUUUUUCGCUCCAAAACCCAAAACAACAUAAGUGUAAUCUGUUUGGCAUUAGUAUAUGUAUGGCAUUAAUUAAUUUGUAUGUAUCUAAAAAAUAAAUGUAUAAAAUAGUCAACAUACUG